GGGACAUGUGCAAGGACAGAUGGACAUCAUAGUUGAAAUGUCCAGCAGGAAAACACUGAGAGCUCUUUCACACGGGAUGACUUGUCUGUCUGCAGCAGAGUAAUGCAAGGCCUCAAGCAUGGAUGAUUUGGAUCACAGUAUUUACAUUGCAGAGAAUGACUGGAGUAGCUUCUACGACGAGAGCGAGGAAUGUAAUCUGCUGCAGGCCUCGCUUGCCUACCCCGAUGAUUCCAGCCCCAGCGACUCGGAGGAAUCAGGAAGCCUCAAAACAGGCAAACAGGAGACAAACGGGAGUGCAGAUAGCAACACCGCCGAGGAGAGUUGCACAGGUGGCAUACAACUACUAGAGCAGCUCUUUCAAAGUGAUGCAACAUGUAUGAAACAGGGGGAAAUAGGUGUCAACUGUCCAGAAAGAAACACAAUCUCCACAAAGUCUGCACACAAAGAUGUCGCACAAGAAAUUCUGGUCAAGACGAGUGACAGCCACGCUAACACGCCGCAAACAAAUCCACUGAGCAAUUACAAUUCAGAAGGGAGAGGAAUGUUGUCAAGAGAUGGAGUCGCACAAAUGACAAGUGACCUCAAAUCCAGCAAGAAACCUGACCUACUUUCCAGCAAACAAGCGGCGCCGAGUGUGAGCGAGCCAGACGCCACAGGCAGAGCGGAGAAGGAGCGCUGGUUUGUGACUGUGAAUGACAGUGUGGCAGGGCGGCGAGGGCGUUCUACCUCUGUCAAAAAAAAACUCAAACAAAACAAACCUGGUGAGGGAGAAAAUGCUCAAAGUUCUGAUAUCAAACGAGAGCGUGAACAAUCAGGAGGUAUUCAGUUGAAGCAAAAUAAAGAACCUGGAGAUUUACAAGGAGAACUGCUUAUUUCUGAGUCUGCUGCAGCGAUGAACAGAGACAAAUGGGAGCCAGGGGGCUCAGCGCACACAUCCUUUGACAGCUUUUCUCCUUCACCGACAGCGUUGGAGUGCUUGCAGAGUUCAGAGCUUCAAUAUGGUGCUGAAUUUUCCUCCACUGGCAGCUGGGAUUCUGACAGCUAUUUGUCAGCUGUUGAAUCGGUGGAGGAAGCUCAGCAUCCUCUUGAAGAGCAUCUCAUUAAACACCUUCCUCUGGAAUGCCCAUUAUCCCCAACAUGUGACAACCAAAACGUCAGCUUGACUCUCUCCAGUGAUGCAACAGCAGCAAAUUAUGAUGGUUAUGCCACUCUGGAGCACCUUUUCACUCCUCCAUCUCCAGAAAUACCAGCUGAAAACUUAAUUUAUGGAAAUGUCGCAUGUUCUGAAACCCACCCACCACCUUCACCAUCUGGUGGCUCCCAGAAGGAUCCAGAUUCAACUCAGUCACGUUGCUCUGCAGCAGACAGCCCAGAAACAUUUGCCAAAGCUGCAGGGCAGACUCAGCCAGUGUAUGCAAUCUCUGCGUUCUGGGAUGAAGUAGAAAAACUGACUAUAAACGAUAUUUUGCAGAUCAGAAUGGGGAGACGCUGUCAAUUAACAGAAGAAACAGCAGGCGGCCUUCCUGCAGACCCCAGCCAAGUUGAUCCUCUUGAUAACUCAAUGAUGGAUACAUCUGACGCCGCAGACUCCGACUACUUCACACAGCCAGAUGAAUCCAAGCGCGAUUGGUCAGUCUGUGAGUUUUCAACCUCAGAUUUUGAGGAAGAGUCCUGGCAGUUUGCUAAUUUAAGUAAAAACUCUAGCCCUGACCUUCAAAACAAAUUUCAACAAAAUGACUUUUGUCUUUUGUUAGACACUGAUUAUGAACAAAGAGAAACCCCUGUUGCUCUAGACCAAAGUCUUGACUGUCAAGACUUCCAAAAUAUGACCUCCUGCCCAAGAAGGCUGACAAAAAGCAGAAGUAUGUACAACGUACAGGCUCUCGCCACAGAGGACGUAGCUCCACUACCUUCUCUUAGUAUUGACCAGAACAAUUUGCCUCUUAGUGCUGCUCAACCUCUGGGGGCAUUUUUAUCCCACACAGACUUACAGGAUUAUAGAAUAUCCUUCCCGGAAAUCUUUGAGUAUUUUUUCACAGAAUAUGACGACAGCACACCAUCACACUUUCUCUCUGUUCGUGAUCCUGAAGAGAUAUUCGUAUCUCGUGUCUUUCACUCUCCUCUCUGUACAUUCAGAGAAGAUCCAUGGACCUCUCCUUUUCAGUGUAGCACAGAGACACCCAUCCCAAUCUUCUCUUGCUCUCGUCCUGCUGUCCAAGACCUCACAUUCCCAAAUUUGCAUGUUUUCCUGAGCACAGACUGUGAGCAAGUGGACAAAGUGUCUCCAAUGAGACUCAUGUCUCAUUCGUUUUUUCACGCCAGUCCGCACAGAUCCUCAGGAGCUGCAGGUGCGGGUGGAUCCGACAGUUGGAAAAGUUUUCUGUCUUUGAGGAAAAUUCGCUUUCCAGACAAAGGCAGCAUCUGCUGCAGCGAGUCAGGCGCCUGGAUUUUUCCUGUUGACACUAAAGAGAUCCGGACGGGGAGUCAGAAUCAGGCAGUAACAUCAUUCAGUGGGAGGAGAGCUUGUCUGGAUUUUUCUCAGGAGUUCAGAGGGCUGGAAGAGCAAAGCUGGAUUUCGGAAACUAUAUGGACAUCAAGGAGAGAAGGCCUCUUCUCCAGAGUGAAGCAGUCAGACAUGUGUUUAGUCUGCAUUGCUUUUGCCUCUUGGGUGCUGAGAUCUUCUGAUACAGAGGCUGCAGACGCCUGGAAAGCAGCUCUUCUAGCGAACGUGAGUGCACUGUCUGCAAUUCAGUACCUGCGGCAGUACACGAAGAUGAAGAACCCUCCCAGAGACGACCUCUGACGGGAACACAAACAAGAAGAAACUGUAAACAUUCUCACUUGGGUCCAUGUCGAUUAAAAACACAGAAAACAUUCGCAGUCAGCUGCACAGUAGCUGGAGGUUGGUGGUGUAGAAAGGAGGAGUCUGUGUCGUUCUUUGUACCCCCCCAUAAUGCUAAACAAACGAGCCAAAUAAUCAGUUUUAACUACAAGCAGGAUUCAGUAAAUAAUCUGAAUUAGUAUUUAAUGACUGACCAGUGCCGGCAAUACAUCUCUGCUCAAAAUAACAUAAAUGUGUUUAAAAAACAGUCUGCAAAGCUCCAAAAUCUAUUCCAAGUCAAAACAUGAAGGAAAUAUUCUAUGUGUUGUUGAAAUAAUUAUAUUUUUAACAGAGACAUAAUCAAAGUUUGAGCUUUUAUCUGAAUCACUAAACUAAUAUUUCCCUUUAUAAACAGUUUCUGAGAGCUGCUUCACAUCUGCAUUGACCAACUUUUGUCACCUGUGAGCAUCUUGCUAUUGCUCUGUAUUUCUUGGUAUUAACACAGGAAAUACACAUCUGAUGUCACCCCACACAUUUUCCACGGGACUAAAGGCCUGAUUGCUUCAUAAAACUGAUCUUGUGGGUCUGAAACCACAAUGCUGCUUGCUUGCUGAUGUGUUUGGGAUCACUGUCUUGUUGAACACCCUUGAGUAUUUGUUCUUUGACAAAAGGCAAUACUUCUUCAUAAUCUCUAAUGAAUUCAAACUAAUCCACAAUCCUUUGUAUGCAACAAAUAGGCCCAAAACCAUAGCAUCAGAAAUAUAAUUUUACAAUAUUUGCAACAACACUUUCCAUAUUAUAUUUAACAUGGCCAGAGCUGUCACCUUAUUUUCUUUAAACAUAUUAUUGGUCGUUAGUACAUACAGUUGUAACGGUUUUGUUGCUGGAUGUGUAAUAAAAAUCAGUUCAAUUGUUGUCUCAAUACCUUCUUGUUAAAAAAAAAGAUUUUCCACAUGUACCUGACCUCUGUGACUAUUACCGCAAUAAAAUGUCACUCAACCAAA